GCGCAUAUGAGGAGUCGGCCGGUCCAAACACACGGAGGACGACGUUGACACCAUUAAGACGAUUUAAACUGGCCAGCGACGUGCAGUGAGCUCUCAUGAUCAAAUAAAAGCAGGCAAUGAGAAGACUGUUGAAGUUCACAGCAUCGGCUGUGAUCCACAGAGUUGGAUGCAUCCCCUGCAGACUCCAGAGUGGAAGUCCUCCUGCACCCCUUGGUGCCCGGAUUCUCACCAACCCUGAUGAUGUCUUCCAGCAUAACAUGUGGGAUCACGUUCAGUGGUCACCAGAGCAGAUGCAAAAGGCCAGGGAAAAAGCAGAAGAGAAUUCCAGAGAGCGAAUCCCAGUAGAAGAGCAAGUCAGGUAUGACAGGGAGGCUAACAAAUAUUGGAAUGAAUUUUACGAGAUGCAUCAAAACAAGUUCUUCAAAAAUCGACAAUGGCUUUUCUCUGAGUUCCCGGAGCUCUUGCCCCAGGGCUGUGAGGUUCGACAUCCCCCAAGGAGGCAAGUAGGUGAGGGGAUGGUGUGUUCUGAGACCAGGGUCCGUGAGCAGACCAGCAGAGGAGACCAGCAGGAAGACUCCCUCACUAACAGCCAUGAUGUGAUCAGAGAGGAGCAGCAGCAGUCUGCUUACGACUCUGUAGUGAAACCUCAGUCCGUUACUGCCUACCCUGGGCAACAUGCUUCAUUCAGGAUACUGGAGGUUGGCUGUGGCACAGGCAACAGUGUAUUCCCCAUCAUCAAUGCCCUCAGGGGCAGUGAUGCAUUCCUCUACUGCUUCGACUUCUCUUCUCGAGCGAUCCAGCUUGUCAAGGAGCACCCAGACUAUGAUCCAGCAGUGUGCCACGCAUUUGUGCAGGAUGUUUGUGAUGGUGCUUCCCUGUUUCCAUUUCCUCCCGUGAGUCUGGAUAUUAUUCUCCUGGUCUUCGUGCUCUCUUCCAUCCACCCUGGAAGGAUGCAAGAAGUGCUGAAUCGCCUGGCUGUCUACCUGAAGCAUGGUGGAACCAUCCUGUUCAGAGACUAUGGCAGAUAUGAUCUAUCACAGCUACGAUUCAAAAGAGGUCAGUGUUUGUCAGAAAAUUUCUACAUGCGACAAGAUGGAACCUGUGUGUAUUUCUUUACAAAAGAUGAAGUCAGUCAGUUGUUCACCGACGCUGGUUUGGAGGAAGUUCAGAACCUCGAGGACAGAAGGCUUCAGGUGAACCGAAGAAAGAAAGUGAUGAUGCACAGAGUGUGGACACAGAGCAAAUACCGGAAGUCUCUAGAGCAUGGGCCUUCAAACACUGACCACUGGCCACAUUAGCCAACACUGCUCACACUGAUCGGGUGUAUGGAAAUAGAUCGAUUGUGGCAUAAGAGAGAACAGAACGGUAUAUUUUCCUAUCCGUGAGUGCUGAUGACUGAGUCGGUAUUAACAGAGAUGACUUACCCCCAGCUGGUAAUUAGAGAUGACAGGAAAUUGGAUUAUUAAAAAGUUGAGUUUGGGAAUUCUUGAACUUGUUUUUCCCCAAAUACAUUGCUAUUUCCCAGAAGAUGCACAUUCUAAUAAAUUCUCAUUCCACC